AUGGGCUCAAGGUUGGAAGCCAAGUCUACGGAGGUUCGCCGAAGAAUCGAAAAGCAUAGAUUUGAGGACGAACAAGGCGAAGAGUACGAGCCGUCAAAAUUCGGAGGCUUCAACGACUAUUUCCGGAGAAAGAAGAUCAAACUUCAAAAUCUCGAUGCAGAGCUUCGAUCGUCAGCUCGCGAUAAACCCUCGAUUUUCAAAGGUGUAGUAGCUCAUGUGAAUGGCUACACACAGCCUUCUCUGAAUGAUUUGCAUACUCUCAUUGUCAGUCACGGUGGCGGUUUCAUUCAAUACCUUGAUGGCAAGACUAUGGUCACUCAUAUCAUUGCAAGCAAUCUCACACCCAAGAAGAAGGUUGAGUUUGCAAAGUAUCGCAUAGUCAAGCCAGCAUGGGUAGUUGAUAGCGUGAAAGCUGGGAAGCUGCUAUCUUGGAAUGGCUACAGGGUGGUUGAUGAAGGUGUUGGGCAGCGAGUCCUUGGAUUCGAGCACGGCAGUGUUGUGAGCCAAGCGAACAAGAAGGUAGAAGGUUACAGAAAUCAAACAGACACCAGUUGGUACACAAGCCAGGUCAAAGAUAUAGCGAAUCAAGUCAGUUCAAAUGAUCAAGGGGUCGCACUUGAGACAACGCUACCAUCCCUGACGGAGCGACUUGCAGAAGAUGGCAAUACAUCAAAUGACUCCAAUCCUUCUUCGCUAACUGAACACAUAAAUGCAGAAGUCAACGAGGCACUGAACACGAAUCUGCCCGAGUCCCCUAGAAACUCACGGUUUGAACCCGAUUUUGGCGAACAAGCAAAUGAGAAGUAUCUCAAAAAUGAUUCUGACGACCAAAUAAGAGAUGCGGCGCCAUUGCAAGCUAUUAAAUACUCUUCGACAGAAUUUUUAGAUGUAUCCCAUGAUUUGAUUGAGGACAAUGUGAAAGAUCAAGGCCCGGCAACAGUACCCAAGGAUCCAGCAGAUGAAGUCAAAGCUAAGAGUCCGAGUUUUUGGAAUGACGAAAGCCUUCCCGAGAGUCCACAAUCCACUGGUUUAUUGUCAGAACCGAGCUCGGAUGUUUUGAGGUCCACCUCUUUAAAACCCGAGGAUGGUGCAAACCAAGAAUCCUCUGGAGUUCACACUGUUGAUAAAGUAUCUAAAAGGCUAGAGGACUUGACAGCAGAAGAGCAUAACGCUCUCCUACUCGCUGAUCCAAAAGUGUGGAAAUCCACAGUGGUCAACCCUGGCUUCCUCAAGCAGUAUUAUGAAGAAUCUCGAUUACAUCAUCUCUCAACUUGGAAAGCGACUCUCAAAUCAGAACUACAAGCACUUGCAUCGGAGAAGACCGCCUCGCAAAAGGCCAAAGAUCAGAGAAAACCAGGCACUCGCCGCUAUAUACUCCAUGUAGACUUUGAUAGCUUUUUUGCCGCAGUGUCGCUUCGCAAAUUCCCUCACUUGACAGGGGAACCUGUUGUUGUGGCCCACGGUAAUGGUUCUGGCGCUGAGAUCGCAUCCUGUAAUUACCCUGCCCGCAAAUUUGGUAUCAAAAAUGGCAUGUGGAUGAAGCAUGCGCAAAAAAUGUGUCCUGAGCUCAAAGUGCUCCCCUACGAUUUCAAAGCUUAUGAAGACGCGAGCAGAAAAUUUUACGAAGCUAUCAUAAGCACUGAUGGCAUGGUCCAGAGCAUCAGCGUCGACGAAGCCCUGCUUGAUAUGAGCGUUCAGUGCAUCGCUGCUGCUGGGCACGAUGGCCGAUGCAUCCACGAGGGGAGCAUCUGGCGAGAGCAGGCUGCGGCAGAUAGCAUAGCCCAAGGUCUACGCGACGAAAUCACAGAAAAGACUGGAUGCGCUGUUUCAAUUGGCAUAGGUGGGAACAUACUCCUUGCUAAAGUAGCACUUCGUAAAGCAAAGCCGGCAGGCCAAUACCAAAUCAAGCCUGAAGAUAUUCUAGAUUUUCUUGGGGAUCUAACAAUGCAAGAUCUUCCUGGCAUUGCUUACAGCAUUGGAGGUAGGCUAGAAGAAAUUGGCGUUAAAUACGUUAAGGACGUCCGACAAUUGUCCAAAGAACGUAUGAUCUCGGUGUUGGGCCCCAAAACAGGAGAGAAGGUUUGGGAUUAUUCCCGAGGCAUCGAUCGGGCUGAAGUUGGCGACCAGGUGAUCAGGAAGUCUGUUUCUGCCGAAGUAAACUGGGGCAUACGUUUCGUCACACAGGAACAAGUCGAUGAAUUUAUCUAUUGCUUGGCUGAAGAGUUGCAGAAGAGGCUACAGAAUGAAGGUGUUAAGGGACGCCAGUUGACAAUGAAGAUCAUGCGGCGUGCUGCAGAUGCGCCUCUCGAUCCUCCAAAGCAUCUAGGGCAUGGCAAGUGCGACACUUUCAACAAAAGCCUGGCAUUAGGAGUACCGACCAAUGACUAUUCAGUCAUAGGCCGUGAGGCGCUUUCUAUCUUGAAAGGUCAUGGCUUCACUCCUGGAGAGCUUCGAGGCCUCGGCAUCCAAAUGCAAAGGCUGGAGCCAAUUCACACGAACGCAGGCAGCGGCAUUGACAGCUCGCAAAAACGGCUGCAAUUCAAAACGCUGACCCCACGAAAGCCUGCUUUCGCCGACGACAGCCUCAAUGCCGACGAAAUUGAGUCUCCCCAGAAAGCCAAAGGAUCGGCUGCUCCACAUACUGCUGCAGCCUUCCCUAAAGUCUCUUCCUCAAGCUCAAAGCCUCGUCUGCCAUUGAAUACGCUAGGAACACAAUUUGUGUUGCCAUCUCGGAUUGACCCAGAGAUUCUCAAAGAGCUCCCUGACGACAUACGAUCAAAGCUAUUGCAAAGCAAGAAAGCUAGUAGCAGUAAAGCGAGAACGAUAGAAACACAGGGAGAUGCAUCACCAGAACCUCAACAAGAAAUGACCAGGCAAAAGCACGAAGAUUCUGGAAUGCCAAGGCCGUGCUCAUCGACGCCAGCUCUAGCGACUGAUAGUGUUCCGACACACUCUCAGAUUGACAAGGAGACACUAGAUGCUUUACCGGCCGAUGUCCGCUCUGAGGUGCUAGCUUAUUACGCUAUGUCCCCUUCGAAGACACGUAACCAAUCCGUUCUUCCCCAAUCACCUCGGAAAGACCGUGCAAUCAAGUUACCCAAGAAGCUUACCACGCCGAUCAAGAAACGGGGUCGACCUUUGGGUGGUGGGGGACUCAAAGCACAAGCAGCGUCUUCGUCAACGCUGACCCAAUCCAAUUUCGUAGCGAACCAACCUUUAAACGAAUUCAAAGCAGCCGCCGCGAGUAUCGCUCAUGGUGUGGUCCCUGAUGAAAUUUCUGCAGAUUUCCUUGCUGAGCUGCCUGAUGAAUUGAGACACGAGGUACUGGCUCAAGCGCGCCGCGAUCGAUUGCAGAAGAACGCUGGGCUUGACCUUGCUGCGCGGAAGAAAAGACCACCCUUACCAAAAGGCCUACCGGCUGGUCAGCGGACACUCAGCUUACCACCUCGACCGCCCAAACCAACAUUCACAGCCAAGAAAUUCACGGGUUUGGCGGAUCUGAGAAAUGCAGUCAUGGCUUGGUACGAAGAAUUCAAGGAGGAACCACCGUACGAAGAGGACGUAGCUUCGUUGAGCAAGUAUCUAAGACGGGUGAUUAUUGAUGAAGGAGAUAUGGAAAAGGCCGUCAAUCUACUUAGGUGGCUUCGUUGGGUCAUCGACGAGGAUACUAGGAGAGACAGUUCUUCUUGGCGCGUAGCUUUGAAGCAUGUGGAAAACGAAGUGCAGGACGCAAUAGAAGCUAGAGGAUUAGGGAAGAUUGAUUUGUCUUGA